AUGUCAUACACAACUCGCACACCUCGCAAAUGUACAAACGACGAAAACAAAACACCGUUACGGCGCCCUGCUUCCACGAUUGUCUUUCGCCAGCCAAAACUGACACCCAGUCAAACCACGCCGUCAAGAGAGCCUCUCACGCCUUUCAAAUCCAAUUCAACACCCAUUUCUUUUGUUGACGGCCUUACUCCCCAAACCAAAAAGCGAAAAGCGCAGUCGGAUAUACAGGAGCAGAAGGAGAGACGUAGAAAGGAGAAAGAGGUGAAGGUUCUAUCACAACAACAGCAAGAAAACGAGGACAUUGACCAUUACCUGGGGUUACUCAAUGACGGCGGGUACACCCUUCACUCCUUUAUGUCCGCGCUUCUCAGAACCACACACCCAGUUCGCUCAUCGCAGGUUUCACGCAUGCUUGUGAACCAUGGCAAAUCACUCUUGGACAACAUAAUGGCCCGUGAGCGAGUUGUAGCCACUGACUGGGCACUGUCAACAACCCGACAGCUUGCUGCAAUGGAGGCCGAUGCUCUGGCUGCGGAAUUCACGCCAUCCCGCGGCCAGUCAAUGUUUGAAACUCUUGCCCACUUUUCUCUAUCGGGUUUCUUGCAGGAUGCCGAACGAAUUGCACCUACUUUGUACAACCAUUUCCGUGUCGUUGCCUUUCCACCCUCGUCGGAGAAGUACAAACACAAACAACAUGACCUGAUUUUGGCUACAGUUUUUUGUAUGCUUGCCAAGUCUCGGAGCGAGCAUGCAACCGACUUUCAGACUUCAAUGUGCCUAUAUCUAUUGGCCUGCGGCACCUCGAAGUCGCUUUUUAAUGUUCUGAAUCACGCUGGACUCACACUUUCGUAUUCACAAGCUGUUGAAAAGCUGAAAAAGCUGAGCGACGAGUUGCUUGAGGAAACACGGACUAUUGCCCACCUGGUUACAUUUAUGAUCAUUUGGGAUAACAUCAAUUUCGCCUUCCGUGUCAGUCAACAACGCCACGAUGCAAAGGAUCAUUUCGAUAAUGGUACAACUGCCACUCUUGUCCCGCUGUUUGGAGUAGAGGUUGGGUCUCUUCCAACGUCCCUCAAACCGCCGCGUGUGGUACGCCCUCAAGUCUUAGAGUUUGAUGGUCUCGAUUUGCUGCCAAGUUGCGAGGAGGCUUUCCGUGUGCAAAAUGGGCAACUUUGGCACAUCGAGGACAUUCUGUAUAACGCAUUUCCAGAUCUACGCAGUAAAUUAUUCGCACACAUUCUUCCUGCACCAACAGUGCAUCAAAUUCCAGUGCAUCAAACACGUCAGUACCCAUUACCGGCAAUGCAUAUCGAUGAGUCGAGUCUGGACGGAACACUCAAUGUUCUUUCUACAAUCUUGCAAACGACACUUCAAAUGUCCGAGGAAGAUGUCAAACGACAUGGUAUUAUUAUUUGUGCUGGAGAUCAACUGAGCUUGUCGCUAUUGGACAAGGCAUCGGCUAUUCGGCGUGACGACACAAACUUUCUUGACAACAUUGGCCGCUUUACAGAGGGUCAGGAGGGUCUUCUUCACCUCAAAUUCUCACACGCUCGUAUGAUUGCAAAUGAAUUUUGGGGAAAACCAAAUGCACGAUCGCCGUGGUCAUUAUGGAAAGUCAAUACUUUGCUUGCUCGGAAACCAAUCUCUGCAGGAUGGAAAGUAAAGUCGCCAGCCCCUUUCCGUCCGGUUUACGAGCUUAUUCUUGAUUUAACACUGCCGGCCAACAUACUCGAUGCUUUCCGAAUUCACUGUGGCUACGAAAGCCUAGAAACCUGGAUUAAGACCGGUGUUACGAGUGUUGAUGAUGUCCGUAGGGUUUCUCAGCUGGUUUUGGACAAAAACUGCUCCGGACGCCGUGUGCAAUCACUUCGGGCCACCAAAAUGCGAGAUAUUCCUCUCGAAAACAUCAUUCUUUUCAAUCGUGAUGCGCUUUAUCUUCGCCAGCUCAAAUAUGCGAUCAAAAAGGGUGAUGUUGGUGUUGUAUUAGAUCUUUGCACACAUUUAAUGUUGGCCUUUCGUGGGACGGGGAAAACGCCAAAAUACGCAGAUGCAUUGUUUGGCAUUGUUAUGCGUCUAAAAAAGAUGAAUUCGACACUUCGAGACGCAUGGCUCAACAACUGGCUUGCAAAUCUCAGUGGCAAAGUGGAUGGGUUCAAAGAAAUGGAUCUAUUGCAGGAGCAUCAAAACUUCUGGCUAAAAAUUAUUUAUAGUGCCAAAGGGUCAAACCGCAGUUGGCAGUGGCUUUCAAUGGUCUCCGUUUGCAUUUUUGCAUUACGCGAUGUGAUGCGGCGCAUGCACAAGGAGUACUCCACUCCUUUUAAUAGCAUUAGCCACACCACUCCGACAACAGCAACAGACAUUGCCACCUUGCGUACCCAUUUGGAAGCUCAAUCAUUGCAAACCUAUACACCAAAACGUGAAAAUAAUGACGACUGUGUUGAAGCGCGUGACCUUCUUCAAGCCGGCUCGGAAUAUGCAAACAAACCGUCAGCAUAUCAUAACUUCAAGUAUGCAAAGAUUAAGACUACGCAUCGAGGGACUAAAUCAUCAAAUUUAUCAGAAGAGUCGGUAUACGAAAAUGCGAAUGACAAAGGUGUGUUUGAGGACGGAAAUGAUAUUGAUAUUGGUUCAGAUCUUUGUAUGAGUAUAGAGGAUUUGUUGAUGGACAACGAAGAGUUUCCUAUAGGUGCAGAUGGUGAUUAUUAUGUAUCAAUUGUACAGGGCAUCGCAAACGAGUUAAGUAUAUACAACUAA